GAAAUGAGGGGAACGGAGGAUCCUCGAUCCGUUCUUGAGCCGACCUUUUAGAUUUCUGAGCUGUGGAAGCUGGGAAAGUUUGGAUCUUGAGGCCACCCGAGUAAAAAUCCUCGGUUUCUCCGGUGCCUUCUUGCUGCAUUGCCUCCUCCGCCAGAUCCGAACUGGCGUGCCAGUAAAAAAUCGAAUCCUUGCUCGCCAAUCCUCUCAAAUUCGCCCCCCAAAAUUUCGGUUUCUUUCGGAUCCCCGUGCUUCAGAUCUUUUCAAAAAAUGUCCAUUAUUUUAGUCGGGGUUGAUGCGGGAGUGGUGGCGACUACUUUAUGAGCUGUCUCCUGCCAUUUCUGGAUUAGAUUCGCCCGUAAUGGCGGAUCUUGCCAUGGAGCGGUAGAGGGUUCCUUCUUUGAGCGAGAGCGACAGCAUUUGGCCACAAGUCGCAAUGUCUCUGAAGAGCAUUGUACGGGAGCUGAAGGAGAUGAGGGACGGCAUCGGGAGCAUGUCGAGGCGCGGCGGUGUCUCCGACGGGCGCGUCGGCCACGGCCGCGGGGGGUCGCGGCAUUCCUGGCCCGGCCUGUGGCCGGAGCCACAGCCCCAGCCGCUGCGGCCGGGCCAAGAGCCGCUGCAGCAGGGGCAGUGGGCGAACCUGCCGCCGGAGCUGCUGCUGGACGUGAUACAGAGGGUGGAGGCCAGCGAGGCGGUGUGGCCGGCGCGGCGCCAGGUCGUGGCGUGCGCCGCCGUCUGCCGGUCGUGGCGCGACAUCACAAAGGAUGUGGUGAAGACUCUUGAGGAGUGCGGCAGGAUCACCUUCCCGAUCUCCCUAAAGCAGCCGGGGCCUCGUGAUCAUCCGGUGCAGUGCUUUGUGAGGAGGGACAGGGCGACGUCCACCUAUCUCCUCUACCUGGGCCUCAGCCCAUCUUUGCAUGGGGAAAACGACAAGCUUUUGCUUGCAGCCCGCAAGAUCAGACGUGCCGCCAGGACUUCUUUUGCGAUUUCAUUGAUAUCUGAUGAUUUUUCUCAUUCUAGCAGUACCUAUGUUGGCAAACUGAAGCCAAACUUCCUUGGCACAAAGUUCACAAUAUUCGACAGCCAGCCUCCCUGUGAUGCUGUGGUGUUGCCGAACAACAAGCCAAGUAAAAGACACUCGAAGCAAGUGUCACCAAGACUGCCACUAGGCAACUACAAUGUUGCUACCGUCUCCUAUGAGCUCACAGUCCUGCGCAACCGAGGACCAAGGAGAAUGCAGUGCACCAUGCACUCAAUACCAGCCAUGUGUAUUCAGGAAGGCGGGAAGGCCCCAACCCCUACUGGCAUCAUCCAUUCGCUUGAUGAACAAAUGCCCACCUUAUCAACAAGCAAAGGAAAGGAACCAAGUAUGGAAUUCUCGUCAACAAGCCUCAGCGCCGACUUAUCUGGACCAAUUACCACUAGUGAGGUGCCUCUGCUUCUGAAGAAUAAAGCUCCUCGCUGGCACGAGCAGCUGCAGUGCUGGUGCCUCAACUUCCGAGGGCGUGUCACCGUAGCAUCGGUCAAGAACUUCCAGCUCGUUGCCUCGGUCGAUCCCUCCCUUGGAGUUCCUGCUGCAGAGCAGGAAAAGGUCAUCCUCCAGUUUGGGAAGAUUGGGAAAGACAUAUUCACGAUGGAUUAUAGGUAUCCACUCUCUGCGUUCCAGGCUUUCGCUAUCUGCCUGACUAGCUUCGACACCAAACCGGCGUGCGAAUAACCAGCUGGAGAAGGCAUUAACCAGGCCAAGCCAGCCCAGACACGACCUGCCCCCUUGGAUGCUGUAAAUUCUCAAAUCUAUUUUGUCUCGGGACGCCGCCCCAUUGGGAAAUGGUAGGUGGAUUGGUAGUUUAGCCAGAUCAAGGACGGGGCAAUGAUAUCUCGUGUCUUGGCAAAUCGCCAGGAAGAUUUGAGCGAUCUGUUGUAACCAACUGCUAUGUAUUAUUGUUCAUGGAAUGUUUAGCAGUGACAUAUCACUGCCUUAUGGAUGUUAUGGACAUUU